UCCAGCAGCUCGGGACUGUCGCCUGCCCGCCACGACGACUCCUCCGCCGCGCAGGGGAGGGAGAGGAGGCACAGCGCGUCCCGAGUCCUCUGCCUGAACAUGUGAGAGGAAAAACAACAGCAGCAGAAGCGAGGAGGAGGACACCGUCCGUGGAGGGACUCGGGCACUAAAAGGGACAGCUUGACCCAGUCUCCGUGAGGAUAUGGAGGGGACCAAAGCGCCCGGACCCGCCGCCUGUGUGAGCCCUGCGGGGACUGGGGUCCUGAGCGCUGCCGUGCGGGGACAGGGGACUCAGCCGGGUUUGGAGAACGCGCGCUCUGACGAUCCUGUGCCACCGGUCACCGACUUCAUAUCAGUUUGACUCUCGUAUGAACGAAUGCAGACAUGGAUACUUGCAAAAUAGACUGCUCACCAGCUUGUGAUUGUUUAAGCAAUUAAGUGUUUUUUAAUGAUUUAUUUUGAUGCGCUCUGGAGAUGUGGAGUGCGAUCAUGAACGGCUCGGGGCUGCAUGGUGGGGGCGGUGCUGGCGGCGCUGGCGGUGCCGGCGGCGGGGGAUAUGUCCCCUCUCAGGGAUGGGAGUUUGUGCCGUGCACCAGGAUGGAUAGGGUCGACCGAGGCAGGAGCAAGGCCCGCACUUCGCUGAGGAGGGUCUCCUCUCCGCCCACCGUCUUCAGUCAGCUCUACGAUACCCAGUUCGGAGCUUCCCCGGGAGGAGGAGGAGGAGGAGGAGGAGAGGGCGAAGCGGGCAAGCAGCUGGAGAUCCUCAGGGGACAAAUGUGGCCCGGUCCCGAACCAGCAGUCCCGCAGCAGCAGCCGCAGCAAACUCAACACACGCGGCUGAAAAAGAAGUUUGACGAUUUGAAAAAGAGACAUGUGCAGGACAAGGAGGAGUGGAUGCGUGAGAAGGAGUCAUUGUUGAGAGAAGUGGCUGACAUACAAGGAGGGGAGAACAGGAGGAUUCUGCUGGACCUGAAGACAGUUUUGGAGGAAGUGCAAGCGGAGGUGAAGAAAGAGGAGGAGAAGAGGAGCGAGCUCCAGCUGCAGUACACCAGAGACAGAUGUGCCUGGGAGCUGGAGAAGGCUGAGCUCAAAAUCAGCAUUGUACAGUUGGAAGCUAGAGAAGGUACCGGGUCGGUGAGGGGAGUGGUCCAGUCAGCAGCAGGUCCUGGACCUGCGGCCUCACGGACCAAUCAAGGACAGCACGGAGAGACCCCAACUCUCCGCCGUGACAGGGAAGAGCAACGGAGGCUCCUGGCAGACACACACUCGACGGCCAUGGACCUGCGCUGUCGUCUGGAGCACAAUGAGAGGGACUGGUCGCGGGAGAAAACCGAGCUGCUGGAGAGGUUCGACGUGGAGAGGAGGGAGUGGGAGAGCCAGUUGAAAGAUAUGCAGAGGAAAAUAGAAGAGCUGUACUGUGAAGUGAGAACCAAGCGAGAGGGCACCAGGCUUGACGGCGGGAGGCAGGACGAGGAUGAUGUCAUGCAUGGGCUCAGCCUGCGUUCCACCAGCACAGGUUCCAGUCUGCUCAGUGACAACUCCAACUCAGAGCCGCUCAGCAGUAGCAGUCAAUCAGAGCCUCACAGACAGGCAUCAUUACCCGGCUUUGGUCACAGCAGAAACACCGGAGGUGGCGGUUCUGGAGGCAGAGAGAGUCACCAACCCACCUGCUUCCAGGCGGACAGCCUCUGUCAGUUUAAUGUUGGUCGCUUUACUCAGAACGAGCCUUCACAACCCGCGCUGGUGGAAGAGUUUAGAACAAGAAGCACUUGGCAGCAAGACUCAGUUGAUGACAGCACAGAAGAAGCCCAUACAAUGGAGCUGGCUGCUAUAUUCCAUGGAACUCCUGGGUGUGGAACGCCUCAGAGAAAUCCUACUAACGGGAAUGAAAACGAUGUCCGUGUUGCUUCACAAGAAAGUUUGCUCUGGGCGGAGCUGAGUAAUGGUAGUGAAAAGAAGAAGAACACGACUGCUCUCAAUGCUGCUCUGAAGGAGAUCGCCCGUGUGAGCGAGGAGCUUUGCAGCUACCAGGACGAGAUCAGAAAGAAGAGCGGAGAUAAGAGGAAUCGAUCUGAAUCCCUGUUUGUAACUGAGGAGAGUGACAUGCUGUUUGGUCACGAUACGAACCGGCAGGAGGUGGAUGAACCUCUCUGCGACCUCAGCCAGAUCUACGAUGACUUCCGGGCCUUAGAAAGAGAAAAGUGGAUCACCUUGUCGCCGGAGAACACCUGGCGGGCCGACAGUGCUCCGAGUGACUGCUGGAGGACAAGCGCUGCUGAUCAAGACAGCUACAGAGACACACAGGAGAACCCUGAAGCAACCUCUGAGAUAGAUACAGCAGCUCCACCCAUCCCUCCUCGCUCCUCCUCCUGGAAUCUGAGCAGCCCAGCCCAUCCAGACACAGAACUCCACAUCCCAGAAUCCCCCUCCACCACAGUGAAGAAGUGCCACAGCCCCUGUGUUCUUGUGGACAAAAAGUGCAGCAGCCCGUCCAUCGUCAGGAAGUUUGGGGCUAUGCUACAAGAAAAUGAGGGGAAAGUUUUGAUAGAUGGUGCGGUAACCUCGUGUGCUGUGCCUGAAAACUCUAGCUGCAAUAUGGGCUGCUGCCACAGCCGCUGGUCCUGCGAUGCAAGCAAGUUCAGUAACAGUAAGUUGUCUGCGUAUGGGACAGUGCAGAAGAGCUUCUCUGAGGUGAACAUACUGAGUGCUGCGAAACACUCAGAUUACACCCCCGCUGUUGGUUACUUAAAAAACCCCGAUGUGCAAAUGCCUCCGAUCGUCAAAGAAUUACCUGUGGACUUGUUGAUGUAUUCCCUGGAAACAACACCUGCCAGCCCCAACCUCCAGGGCUCCAAAAGAAACAUCAUGCUGGAACAAAAAACUGCCGAGUUCAACAGAACUUUGUUUCAAGCUGAGAUGGGCCGUGGUGUGAAGGAACAAGACGGUUUUAUUGCAACAGAUGCCUCCUCCCGGGGUUGCCAAGCAGUGUCAACAGCAUCAGAUGAGGUUUUACCUUCCAUGCAGACUGGAUUUCAGCCACAUUACACAGAUUUCACACCUGGCCAUACAGCUGUCCAUCCUGAAGUCACAUUAUCUGUCUCCUCCACAAGUUCCUCAAUUCAGAACCUUGACUUCCAGUCAUGGCAGAUGAGAUAUGGUCUAGAAGGUCAAGAGGUCAGAAUGAAGCAAGGAACACCCUCUGAUCUUUCACAUGAUCAGCCUCAGGUUGGACUCAGGCAUGCCACCACAAUAACCGCUCACAGUCCUGUACACCACCCUGAGGUCAAGCACAGAGUCCAAACAGCGAGCAGUCCUUCCAGGAAAACACAACAAAGAGCAGCCACAGAGGCUCCUUUCUCUGAGACAGGCCAGAAUGUGGAGGCUUCCAGCUCUAAGAAUGGAGCAAAGCCUCAGCCAGCCAGAGUGGGCGUGUCCCUCCAGCAGACGCCUGUGGAGAACAAACAAAGACAGUUGACACAGCCCGGGCAGCAGGAACAGCCAAGGCAUGCGUCUGUACCUCCUUCCCAGUCCGACUCAUCCAGACAAGGGCCUCGAAUGAUGAAUGACCAUCCCUGGAAGCCCCUCACUCUGGCAGCGUAUCCACGGCCAGAGGGUUCCAGGUCCAACUACGGGGCAGUGGAAAGGAUUCUGAAGAAUUACGAGAGUGCAGCUCGGGCCAAACAAAGCCAGAGCCAGCAGAACGAGAUGGCUUCUUCUCCUAACCUCAGUGAUGGGCAGGAGGAGAAUGUCACUGAACUAGACUUGCUGGACAUGGACCCUCUGGCCUUCCCCCCUACUCUGAGACACACACUGACUUCACACAGCUCACAGACACACACUACACAUUCUCAGCUCAGCUGCCACACUGCCAUGGGUGUGAAAGAGAUACAGCUUAUAGUGCAGAACGAUGAAGGGUCGUCCGUGUCCUCUUCCUCCGUCCAGAAGAACUUCUCGCGGCCCGCCCGCCCUGCCAACCGACGCCUCCCCUCCCGGUGGGCCAGCCGCUCCCCCACUUCUUCCUCCUCCACCUCUCCGUCUCCGCCGUCCUGGCCCCAUCAGAAACACACUUCCUCCUUCUCGUACUCACACGCCUUUCACAUAGAGACUGUCAUCAUUUGAUCUCCGCCUCACUGUGUGAACACGCCAGACGCCUUCAGAGACAACCGCUGAGCUUUCUCUCUCCAUCAUCACUGCUGUACAUACCAAAAACAGAAAACUGCUUCUCCGCGCCUAAAGACUGGACGCCGUAGUAACAGACCAAGGACGCCAAGUCAAGGAUCUGAAGCAGCUUGAGGUCAUCAACAGUAUUAACCUGCCAGACAUUAAGCAAAUCCCCAGAGGAUGAUCUAAACAUCACUUUCCUAUGGAACAGUCUCGUCCGAUGCAUCAUUUAUUCUCUCAUGUCAACCGUGUGAAAGGACGUCCUAUGCUCAGGUCUGGAUUAUAGCCUUGAUCAGUGUAGCCUAGCAACAGCCUUGCUUUACCAGCAACAGACCCGUCAGUACUCCUCCUGCUCUGCGUGUAGUAUUUACGCCUUUAAAAGUGAUGCUAGCUCACAUUCAAAUGAUCUUUCAGCCAAAUGAAAUCCAGAGUAAAUAUGUACUGUGUUUUGUAUUUCGUGUCCAACAUGUGUUGUGUGCAUUCUGCACAGCAUUUGUUACACACACAAUAUGCAGCCGUCAUAUUGGAUUCAGAGAUGAAGUCAGUGGAGAAAACGUCCCCCGGCUUCACUGAAUAAAGCUGUGUCGGUUUUCUUCCUUCUCGAAUAUUACCCACAUGACUGGACUGUACCUUACCUGUGACUCAAACUUAUUUCCUUUACGAUCAUGACUCGCUUUACAUUUUUCACGAUUAGGCAAAAAACAUUUACUUGAUAUCAACAGAUAGAUUUGAGUUCCUUUUUUAUAACUUUGUACCAAAGGCUGGUUUCUUGAUAUAUACAUUUUCCUGAUUUGAAAAUGUUAGUGCAUUUUUAUUUGUGGUGGCAUUAUGAUGGUUGUCAAGCCAAUGCUGAUGAUUUCCAAUCUAAAUGUAUGUUACACUCCAUUCAUGAGAGCCUGCUUUUGUGUAUAAGUAAUGAUGCAUAUAAAAAGGUACUGAAGAGCC